CUUUCCCUCUCUCUCUCUCUCUGUCUCUUCUUCAUUCUUUCUAUCUAACUAUUUUACUCUUAUUUUUUUCUGUCAUUCAUCAUCUUCGUCGUUAUCACGAAACGAGACGAUCGAGACAGAGGGAAGUACGUCGAUUAUCUAGUGUGUAUGUGCGUGUGUGAAAUAUGAUCCUUUAUCAAGGAUUUCGACGUACUUAGGAUCUAAAGGGAUCUAAACUAUCGUCCACGACCCAAUCCGCAUCGAGAAAAUUGUAAUAUCGCCCGAGGGAUUGCAAGUGAUAUUUUAUAAGGGUGAACAUGUCGAAGUCAGGAAGCAUCAAAGAUGGUGAAAAGGGUCCAUACGACCCAGUGCCAACCAAUAAUGACACAGGAGGAGACGAAAUUAAACUUGAAGCAAAAAUGUCUCUUCUCAAUGGCGUUACCGUCAUCGUUGGUUCGAUCAUCGGUUCUGGCAUCUUUGUCAGUCCAACCGGUGUUUUAAAACAUACUGGAAGUGUUAAUGCUAGCCUUUUGGUAUGGACUGCUUCAGGAAUUUUUUCCAUGGUAGGAGCCUAUUGUUAUGCCGAGUUAGGUUGUAUGAUCAGGAAGUCGGGCGCUGAUUACGCGUAUAUCAUGGAAACCUUUGGACCCUUCAUGGCCUUUGUAAGACUUUGGAUCGAGUGCAUGAUAGUUCGACCUUGCAGUCAAGCUAUCGUAGCCUUGACCUUCAGCAUUUACGUUUUGAAACCUCUUUUUCCUGACUGUGCUCCACCAGAUGAUGCUGUACGAUUACUUGCUGCCUGUUGUAUAUGUGUCCUGGCGUUCAUAAAUUGCUGGGAUGUUAAUUGGGCAACAAAAGUACAAGACAUCUUCACAUAUGCUAAACUUCUCGCACUUUUUAUUAUAAUCUGUACUGGAGCGUAUCAACUGUUCACUGGACACACGGAGUAUUUCACGUUCGAGAACACCAAAACGGAAAUCACGUCAAUAGCAUUGAGUUUUUAUUCAGGAUUAUUUGCUUAUAACGGUUGGAACUAUUUGAACUUUAUCAUCGAGGAAUUGAAAGAUCCUAUCAGAAAUUUGCCGAGAGCCAUUGCAAUCUCUUGUACCUUGGUUACGGUCGUCUAUGUUUUAACCAACAUGGCUUUUUAUACUACCUUGAGCCCCGUUGAAGUUUUAGGUAGCGGUGCUGUUGCCGUGACUUUUGCCAAUCAUCUGUUCGGAGUAAUGGCAUGGACAAUACCAGUGUUCGUAGCUUUGUCAACAUUCGGUGCAGUAAAUGGAAUUCUAUUGACGUCUUCUCGACUUUUUUAUGCUGGUGCAUGCGAGGGACAAAUGCCGGAAAUACUUACGAUGAUCCAAAUCUCGAGAUUGACACCUACGCCAGCUGUUAUUUGUAUGGCACUCCUGUCGAUGCUUUAUUUGUGCUCAUCCGACAUCUUUGCACUGAUCAACUACGUCGGCUUUGCCACUUGGUUGAGCAUUGGCGUCUCUGUCCUAUGUCUUCCUUGGCUAAGAUGGGCUCAACCAAAUUUACCAAGGCCAAUUAAAGUAAAUCUUGCUUUCCCAAUCAUCUACAUUAUCGCCACGCUCUUCGUUACGGUAGUUCCCAUGUAUAUUACUCCUUUGGAAACAGGCUAUGGUUGUUUAAUGAUAUCAUCGUCAGUACCGGUAUACUUUGCAUUUAUUGCGUGGAAAAACAAACCUAAAUUUUUCGUCAGGAGUGUUGGCGCCGUUACCAAAACUUUGCAGAAGCUGAUGGUAGUCGUCGGGCCAAAGACUAAUAAGUAGGCACCACAAAGUUCCUGCAGAAGAUAAUGGUGGUCGUCGGCAAGUCUAAACCAGCUCAGGUCUAAUUGCCUCGCUUGUGUUAGAAAAAGAAAGAGAAAGGAAGAAAAAGAAGGAGGAGAAGAAGAAGAAGAAAAAGAAGAAGAAGAAGAAGAAGAAGAAGAAGAAGACGAAAGAACGAAGAUAGAUGGAGAGAUAUAGACAAGAUAAGGGAUUAGGGAUUAAGAGUGUCCUAGGACAAGAGACAGCCAUAUUGAAGUAGGAUACUAUCAAUCAAAUCCCAAAAUCUUCCUCAAAAUUUCGUCGUUCUCUUUGUAUCUUCUUUUUCUUUUUUUCUUUCCUUUUCUCUCUCUCAUUCUCCUCUUUCUUUCUCUCUUUUUCUCUCUCUUUUUCUUCUUCUCUCAAGUUCUCUCAAGAUUUUCCAGCAUCCGUAAAAAGAACAUUGUUUAUAUUUUCUUCGCGAAAUACCAACGAAUGUUCUUCUUCUUCUUCGUUCGACAGAAAUCAACGUGCGAAGGGAAGUAAAGGGGUUGGCCUAAAUAAAGAAAAAAUAAAGAAAAAAAAAAAAAAAAACAAAAAAAAACAAAAAAAGAUUAAAUAAAUAAUAGAAAACUUUCUCGAUCGAUUUUAUCGAUAUGACGAUGUUUACGAGUCACGACAAAAAUCUCUUGCGUCUUUUCGUCGAUUUGAAUUUCCCGCGAAAUGAUAGUACCUAUUGAAUCGUUUGUUUGUGGUCAUUGAAACUAUAA